GAACGCUUCUCCAAUGGGAACAGCAGAGGGGAAGUCGCAACACUGUAUCCUCCGACUUUACUACGAAGGUAAAGAGCAGGGAACGCAAUGGAGAGGAACCGCGUCAAAAUGUUCGUUUAAAGUGUGAAGAAAAGUAAGAUGCCCGGUUUAUUGUCAUGCCCUGGUGGUCUAAUAGUCAUUGGUAUAACAGCACUCUUCUCUGUCCACAUCAAGUCGGAGAUAUGGACCAAUGAAGUUUCAGACGUCCAGUUUGGCAGACUGGGCUCCAGGGUCACUCUCAGAUGUGAAGGCUACCAUGGCAGGUCUCCGGUGGAAUGGAGGCUCAAUGGAAGCUCAGUACAGAUCUCUGAGGGUUCUCUUACGCUCCUGAACGCCAGGCAAUCUAUGGAGGGCAACUAUAGCUGCCACGAUGGAAGUGGGACUUUACUGCAGACCAUCAAACUACGGCUGGGAUAUCAACCUCAUUUUCUACAGAUUUCUUGCCAUGUACCAAAUCAUGAAAAAAUCUACUGUUCCUGGAAUCAAACUAAGAAGACGCACCUGCCAACAUCAUACAUCUCCUCCUACAGUACUAAAGCUGAAGGGGUUAAAGCCUGUGAGCAGGAGUAUAUUGGGGAGAAUAAAUGUACCAUCACCAACCAUUCAUUCUGGAGCUCGAGGGUCUACAUUAAUAUCACUGAGAUCAACCCACUGGGAUCCAACUCCACCAUCUUAAAACUAGAUUUAUUAGAACUCUUAAAGCCAGGUCCUCCAGAGGCUGUUGAAGUUCUGCAAGUGGAAGGUCAGCCCACACAGUUACUGGUCCACUGGAAAUAUCCUGCAUCGUGGACUGAUGAUAACCCCAGUGCCUUUCCUUUAACUUUCUUACUGCGUUAUCGGCCAGCUGGCUCCAACUACUGGUCAAAGGUGGAGACCGAAGACACAAGUCUAAGGAUCAUGGAUGUUCUGGAGGGCCACCUGCAUCAGAUUCAGGUCAGAGCCCAAGAUGCUCUUAUCAACCACAGCCAGUGGAGUGAGUGGAGUCAUGUCGCAGAGGCUCGCCCGUGGACCGAGCCCAGGGAAGAGCUGACAGAAGACUCAUUGAAUAUUCCAUUCAUCAAUUCAUUUCCAGUCAGAACAACAGACAAGUCUCCAGAGUUCACGGAAGAGCUGACAGAAGACCCAUUGAAUAAUCCAUUCAUCAAUUCAUUUCCAGUCAGAACAACAGACAAGUCUCCAGAUUCAUCAAUAGAUCAAAACGAAGGAUUUGGGUUGUUGGUUAUGCUGUGCCUGUUUGCAGCCUUUAUGGUGGCUGUGUUAUUGACCAUCAUAGCACUUCUAUGGGUGAGACAUAGAAAACGGGACAAUGUGAAGAAUCAGGAACUGACCUCCAUGGUGAAGAUGAAGUCCAUACCGAUCUAAAAUUUGAGAAGUUGACAAGAAUUCUCCCCAAUUCGGCCCUCAUAGGGCAUCAUGAUAGGGAAUCACCACAACUGCCUCUGCGACACUGACUGACUACAAUGCCCACAAUCCACCUCUCCUCUCGCUGCUCAGGGGAUGGGCUCCUUUCAGCAAAGCUUCGAGUCCUAUGAACUGUGAACAUGUAAAGCUCGAUAAUGUAGCACAACGCAUUCGAAAAACACAACUAUUUCUUUCUUUACUUCUCUCUGAUCUAAGCGAAACUCUUGGACAAUUCAAAUUUAUAUUCCACAUAGUAUAUUUUUUUAUGACUCUUGCUUUUCUAUAGUCCAUUGUGACACCUGAAUGCUGUGAAAAGGCUUUGCAGUGGGCUGGAUUUGUGGUGCACACUGGGCAUUAUGAAGAAAACAGUGUUUUUGAGACAGCUGCUGUUUUUGGACGACACAAUCUUUGCUGUUUUGACACUCCACAAUGGACAAACUAUUUCAUAACAGCUGGAUAUAUUCUCAGUCGAUCAUUGAUUGUUAUCAGUCAGACAAGCGUGCUCCGCAACUAUAAAAAUGUUGAUGUCAGACUUCCGUCUUCAAAAUAUAUAUGCCAGCCUGAUCAUCAGUACAGGAGAUACGCAGUAUCACCGCAACCUUUGGUGAGCUAGCAGAGACCUUUUACAGAAUGAAUGCAUUUAUAUCUUUCCUUUUGUUGAAAUGGAUUUUUCAAAAGAAGAAAAUUGCAAUUUUCAGCGCAUUGAAUCGAGACAUGAAUGUAAAUCAGUCUUACAGUGUCAUCAUAUAUGGACAUAUGUGAGGUGAUUUGUUUAUAUCUUCAAUCUUCGGAUUUAUUUCUAUGUUGAAGCUAAUACGGAUUUGCAAUAUAUAAUUCUAUUGAAGCUUAUCUACAAAUGUAUAUUGUUAUACUUGUAUGCAGUUAUAUAUUGUAUAGAAAACUUUUAUUCAGCAUAUUUUUCUGGUCUACAUUCUCUCCAGUGAUAUAAAGCUCAAAUGCAUGCAUUGUGUCAUUUUUAAAGAUGACAAAAUCAGGGAUGCACCGAUGCAAAAUUCAAAAUUUCUUGUUUCUAAUUAUUAUUUUGUGAAAUCCUAGAAGUGCAGAACGUACAAACUACAAUUUUGUCGUCAUUGCUACCCAAUUAUAUCAUUGGCUUUUUUAAACAAACGUCCAAUGUCCGCUUUUUAAAAUCUGCCGAUACCAAUUAUAGGCCGAUACAUUGGUGCAUCCCUAGACAAAAUGUAUUAUUUUUACUGUAAUCGUCCUUUAGGUACAAACUAAAAUAAUCACAGUUGUCCAUCCAGGGACAUUAUUGGCCUUUCUGACAUCAGUUACCAUCUGUUAACAUGAUCUCACUCUCCCCGGUGUAUUUUUGAUGGUGCUGCUGACCUCAUACUUAAACACAAAUUUCUUAUUGGCUUUCAUACAAUUUUCGAUAUUUUGUUCUUUCUCUGUGCAAUAAAAAUAACUUUUGUAUUAGGAUUUCACUGUGAUACGCUGUUGUAAAAUUGAUUCAAGAUGUCUGUCAAGACACCUUUUUUUUUGCUUCUCCACGCAUACUUCCGCCAUUUGCUCAUAACUUCUGUUAUUUGUGCCUUUACUUAUUCCACCAGCACUUAUAUUUCAGCACUACAGUAUUUAUGGUGAUACCGGUCUAAAAGAUUGGUGCUCUUAUGAGAUUUCCCUUUAAAAGCUUACAUUUUCUGUCACCAGCAGGUUUUUUGGGGAAAUAUGAAAAGGAAAGAAAAGUAUUUGUUUAUGUAAUACA